AUGCAGACGCGUGGGGUGGUAUCGUUCUCGCCGAGUUUCGGUAGCUACAGUAACGGUACGCCGACAGAAGUGGGGGCUCGAGUCGUUGAAGAAUUGAGAGAAGAAGAAGAAGAGAAUUCUGAAGAUUUCUAUGGAGGAGAAUGUUUUUCCCCACAAAACAGAGAAACAGAAGAUAAUAGUGACAGUGAAGAUGAAAAUGAAGAUUUCGAGUUUGCGUUUGUGACAAGAGAAUCUCAAAUUUCUUCUCCGAUUUCAGCUGAUGAAAUUUUCUGUAACGGACAGAUCCGACCCGUUUUCCCCAUUUUGAAUAAAGACUUGUUGCUUGGAAACAUGAACCUUGAGCGUCAAAAUUUUAGCAUAGAAAAUUCGGGUUCGUUAAAGGGUCCGGGUGGGAAGAUUCGGAUUCCAUUGAGAAAGCUUUUUAUUGAGGAAAGGGAAACGGCGUCGUCGGGCUCGUCUUCAGAAGCCGACGAGCUCGACGGCGUGCCGCCAGAAACCUACUGUGUGUGGAGACAGAAGGCUCCAGCGGAGCAGUGUAAUAAGAGCAAUUCCACCGGCUCUUCAAAACGGUGGCGGUUUAGGAACCUUUUGCACCGAAGCCAGAGCGAAGGCGGUAAGGACACUUUUGUCCUUUUCACUCCCGGCAAACAAAAGGAAAAUGUGAAAAUUAAAAAGACAGAAAUACCGGCGGAUGGCGGAAAAGUGAAAUCGACGGCGGCGGCACAAUAUUCGAAGAAGGGUGAAGAUCGUCGUAAAUCGUAUCUGCCGUACAGGCGAGAUCUGGUGGGGUUAUUUUCUAAUGUAAAUGGUGUGAGUAGGAAUUUACAGCCAUUUUAA